ACACUGCUGUCUUACCUUUCUUUACCUUUGCUCUGCCGCCGCAGUCUUUAAAAACAAUAACUUAACUUAGACUAGUAACAGCAACAAUAUGUGUGUUUCAUGCUGGCGGAGUGUCAUUUUUUUGCGGUUUCAAAUGUUCUAUUUUACACUAAUGCGGAAAAUAUAACGGUGUGUUAGAAGCGCGCGUUUGACGGGAUUUCAGUGCCUGGGAGUUUCCCCCGCCGUCUGUUCCUGUUCUUUUUGUUUGUUUUUUUGGACAGUGAGCUUUUACCGUUAGCCGACAAAUUCAAUUCUAAGAAAAGGCAAAGGAAAAGCUGAGAAAAUAAGUAAAAUAAGUAUAGAGAGAGAGAGAGAGAGAAACCAACGGCAAAUAACAAAAAUCAUAGACUACGAAGCAGAAGACGAAAAGGCAGAGGAAGAAGCCGAGUAAAGAUAAAUACACAGCAAUUUCAACUAAAUAAAGUUUACAAUCCACUGCCAGGCAAUCCAGUCGAGAGGGACCAUUGGCUCCAUAAAUCUGCGUUCUUCUGCGCCACUUGUUGCUCUUUCUUCCACUUACCACCACCCAAAUCACGCCGCAUCGUGCAGAAAGAGGCGGCGGCUGGGCGCGUGAGGGUGACAACUCUGGCAUGCAGUUGACUGGAAGCUGGUCACACUCCAACUCCACUUCCGCUCCAACAGCUGACGACGACCUAAAGAGCAGCAUCCACCAUUCAUCUGAGAAGGGGACGGAGCCGGAGCCGGCGACUGUGACUGGAGUGCAUUCACCAUGGACGACGAGCUAUGUCGUAUUUGCAUCGGCUCUCACGCGAGCGGCAGUCCCAUGCAAAUGAUUUCAAUAUUCGGCGAGGACUCGCUCUGGCAGAAGAUAACCACUCUGGCCAACGUCCAGAUCAGUAAGAACGACACAUUGCCGCAGCAGGUCUGCGUGGAGUGCGCCAAGACAGCGAUCUCGGCCUGUCUGUUCAAGAAGAAGUGCGAGGAUGCGGACAACUUUUACCGCCAGCAGCUGCUGCUGAAGAAGAUCGAGGGCGACGCGGAGAGGCAGAAGGCGGGAGGAGAAAACCGAAAAGAGGAAGCCGCAUCGGGUGAUCGGGCAAAGAGCAGAGGCGGCAGCACUGCCAGCAGCAGUGGCACCGCCAGCGGCAGCGGCAGUGGCAGUGCCACCGGAAGCGGAAGUAGCUCCUCCAGCAGCAGCUCCGACGAUGACGAAGAUGAGGACAAUGACAACGCAACUGGCAAUGGCAAUGAAGAUGAUCAUGAUGAUGCGAGCGUUGCUGGGGAGGCGGAGGAGCGUCUACAGAACGGUCAUGGGCAUGCCAUUAACGGGCACCUGGUCGAGGAUCCCAAUGAUGAGGAUGCGGAGGAUGAGGAGCAGGAGCAGGAGGAGCAGCAUCAUCAGUUUGAUCUGGAUGAUGGGCAGAGGCCACUGCUCGUUGACGAGCAGCAGGAUCAGUCAGGCAUUGAGCUCAGCAAUGGUGUGGGUCUGGGUUUGGGCGAUGGGGAAGACGAGGACUUGGCGGUGAUGCACCGAGGAGAGUCACCCGACCAGCACGACGAUGGCGAGAUAACUGUCCAAGAUGGCCACCCCAAGGAGCCGUUCGACUUCAACUCGAUACGCCUGAUGCAGGAGUACAUGCAGCACCAGAUGAAUAAGUUCCCCAAUGGCGCGGGUUUGCCGGGCCACGACCCGGAUCUCGACCAUCAGCACGAAGUGGAUGAGGAUGACGAUGACGAGGAGAUGACACUGCCACUGAUACCCGAAAUCGAGCUGAUUACGCCCGGCGAUGAUUCGAUGAUCGGCCCAGACAUGGCCGCCGAUCACUCGGCGGCGGCGGCCCAUGAGGCUGGACAACAGGUGAUGCGCGGUACACCAGGAUUCCAGUGUCCGCACUGCUACCAGACCUUUGACAUGAAACAGAUCCUUAAGGCGCACAUGCAGAGCGUCCACGGGGCUCCGGGGCCCGUCUACGAGUGCAGCAAUUGCCGCAAGACCUACUUCUACAAGCGUUUCCUGGAGAAGCACAUCCGGCGUGGUCGCUGCGUAAAGAAGCGGCGCAACCAAACGCGGCCCAUGCAAUGUUCGGACUGCCAUGUCCUUUUCCCCACGGGCCACCAUUUGGGCUGGCACAAGCGCACCGGAUGUCCCUCCAAGGCUGCCAAGAUGCCGCUGCAGCAGCUCUUUAAACAGAACAUUGUGCAGUUUAAUAACUUCCCCAAGCGUGUCCCAGCCACUGGAGGCGGAACAGGUGGAGGAGCUGGAGCUGGGGCAGGAGCAGGAACAGGAACAGGGCCAGCACGUAAGCCCACAGCCCCAGAUCUGCACGUGAACAGCCGCAAGCUGGGCUUGGUUAACAAGCGGAAGGGGCGCACUCGCAUCAAGCUGGACGCCAAGAAGAUCGCCCUGGCCAAGCAACUAAUCCUGCGCGAGGCCACCACCACGGUGAUCGCCAACGAGCUGAACAUUUCGCGCACUUUUGCCUGGCGUCUGCGCAAGAGCCUCGUCAACGGAGUCAGUCUGCACGAGCGUGUGGUGGACCAGGCCGCUGAGGAGCAGCUCCAGCAGCAGCACCAGCAGCAUAUCCAGGCCAUGCAGCAGCAGCAGGAAGAGGCUGCAGCUGCCAUUGCGGCAGCCGCUGAGCGGGAGCGGGAGCAUCAGCAUCUGAGUCUGCCCUAUGGCCACCUUGGCCUGGGCCUGAUCAAGGAGGAGCGACAGGACAGCGAGGAUGAGGAGCAGCAGGAACAGCAGCAGCUCCACCACCCUCAGCAUCAGCAUCAGCACCAGCUGCACAGCUCGCUGGCCUUGGGCGACGAGUGCGGGGCGGAUGAGAUUGGUGCAGAGGAGACGGCCGGCUACAUGGGCGACGAGGAUGCUGUGUGCAGUCUGCUCCACAAUGGCUACGAUAUGCGCGGCCAGCUGGAGGACCCCGAUCCAGACUCUGAUCCCGUCGAGCACGACUCCUACGAGGGCAACGAGAACGAGCGUCAUUCCAAUACGGGCGGGGCCAACUCUGUCUCGCUCCCGCCCCCGCCAUUGGCCACGGCUCCGGUUCAGGUGCCAGUGCAUGUGCCCUCGCGACCCACCGUCGAGGUCUACAAGCGUCUGCUGGCCGAGUCGCAGCACUUUCCACACAUCGUCAACGCCCAGCAGUUGCAGCUGCACCAGCAACAGCAGCAGCAGCAGCAUCGGGAGCAGCUACAGCAGCAUCAGCAGAAGCCAGCCCACAAUGGAGCAAUGCCGCUGCUCACCCGUUAUCCGCCCGCCGUCAUCCAUGCUCUACCCGUGAACCUGUCCCUACGCUCCAUGGCCCACAUGAACAGCAACGAGAGCAAUGGCAGCAGCAACAGCAACACCAACGUCGCCGUCCCAACGCCCCAUGCAGGAGCGACAGCAACGCCAGCGUCAGCCUCAAUCUCAACAGCGACAGGGUCGGGCUCUGGUUCUGGUUCGGCAAAGAAGCCGCGCAAGCCGAACGUCUUUAUCGAUGAUGAGAAGUACGCCAUGGCCAAGUUGCUGGUGGCCCAGAAUUCAUCCACCAUGGAGAUAGCCCGAGCGCUUAACGUGUCGCAGAUGACGGCAUGGAAGGUGCGCGAUGCCAUACUGAAGGGCGUGCCGCUCUCCUAUCGCAACAAGCGCACCGACGGACGCCUUUCGGCGCUAGGCGACGAUUCGCGCGUUACAGAGGUAGCCAACGUCAAGGAGCAGCAGGCCCAGCAAUUGGCGCAGCAGGAGCAGGAACUGCAGCAGGCACACCAGCGGCAACAGGCUUUGCAGCAGGCGCAGCAGGAGCGACAGGAGCGUCAGCAGCAGCUUGAGCAGAUGGAGCGCAUUAAGCAGCAGCGCCAGCGGCAGGAGUUGAUACGUCAGCAACAGCAGCAACAGCAACAGUUGCGUCAUCAGACGCCAGCGGACACAUCACACUUUCAACAGCAGCCUCAACCGCACCAGCAGCAGCACCGUCAGCUGCCACCACCAAAGUUGCCACUGCCGCGGCGCCGCCUGAAAGCCGCCGAACGGGAGCUACGGGACAAGAACAUCACCCGGGAGAUACUCGAGCUGAUCGAGGAGGAUAGCAACAUCCAGUAUUGGAAAGUGUCGGCCCGCCUGGCCGAGAAGGGCAUCAACAUUUCGCCAUCGUCCGUCUGCCAGAAGCUCAAGUCGAUGGGCAUUCAUCGUCGCUGGAAACCAGGCGACAAGCCCUCCAUGCUGGCCAUCAGCCAGAUAAAAGCGGCCACCGUUGCAGCGGCGCUGGCCGUCGGAGGAGUGGGAGGAUUGGGCGUGGGCGUGGGGGCCAGCAGUGGAGGGGGAAGUGGCAGCCACAGCUUUGGCGGAGUCGAUGAUGGCUACGAGCAGCAGCAAUUCGAUAUGGGCGGACCACACUUUCUCAGUGCCUUUACGCGCUAAGUGAAUGACCAUCACCUACUGGCACCUCAUCGGCAUUCUCCGUGCACCGCACUGCACCGCCUGGCACAACUGCACCAUGCCGCAUAAUUUUAGGUAUUAGGAAAAAACGUUGGAUAGCUCGGCACAAUUUGUAUUUUUUAUAAAGUAUUUGAGGCAGAGAUGGGUGGAACGCUCUCUGCAAUAUGAAAUUGUAUUCAAUAUGAGAUAUACACUUGUGUAUAUGUUUAUGUAUAGGUAGAACUUAGAUAUUCAAGCGUAUAUGUAUACAAAAUAUAUGCUAAGCAUUCCUAGAAUGUCGCACAUACCCACUAAUUCACACACACAGCCACAGCCACAGCCACGCCACUUGGCGUGUUCAUUCCAGGGAAAACCAUUUCCGCGCGCUUCAUGUGUGUGCGUCUGUGUGUGUGUUUGUCCAGGCAGCUUCAUCUUUUAUAGACACACGCAUUUAGUUGCUAGUUUUGAUCAUACAUUUUAAUUAUUUAUAUUCAUUAAUUGCAUGUCGCCGUUUGUGGGGGUAAAUGGAGAGGCCUACUCGCCAAUUCGCAUUGCUGGCUUUUACGGCUUUCAACUCCUUUGCACGCAUGCAAUUUAUUCAGUACUGAACUUUAAUUAAGUUAAGUUAAUGUAUAUCAAAAAACAAAAACAAAAAGAGACAGCAGAACAACUGGAAACAGAACAAAUGAAAGCAGAACAAACAGCAGCAAGAGACAAUGAGAAGGAGUAGGAGAGAAGGAGCAGCAGCAGAAGCAGCAGAGAGACAUAUAAAGGGGAACACAAUACAUGAGAAAGAUAGCAACAUAAGUGCAAUUAUAACAAACAAACAAAACUAAACUAAAGAUAGGAACACAGUUAAAUAUAUAUUACAAAUAAUAUAGCCAGGAUGAGAAGAGGGGAAAAUACGGGGGGAGGAGGAGGGAGAGAACGUAGAGAAUCCAUACAAACUCAUAGUAAAUCCUCAUAACCUGAAAUAAAUCACUAAGAUUGAGCCUAUGCUUUAGUUUUUAAAUUAUUCAAACCGUAUUGAAAAGCGAUGUAAUAAUCAUUUAUCGAUAAUUAAGGUAAAUUGCAAGCCCAUGCGAUGGCCAUCACUAGCUAAAGUGCACUGCUUGCUUGCAAUAGACUCGGCCAAGAGUCUUAUCUGAAAAACAAAGAUGGCAUUACGGGAAAUACAUGCAGUGAGAGCGAUCGACAAAGCGAUAAAAGACAGCCAGCUAAGUCUUAUGUCAUACAACUCAUUCCCAUUACAAAAUUAACUGCGACGAUAAUAAUUUUUCGACAAACAAUAGUUAAAAUCAAUCAACAAAAUUGUUGUAAAAUCAGUUAUUAACAGCAAUCAAAGCGAAAUUCUAAAAGUCAUGCGCACGUCAUAAAAUUGCAUCACAUUUGUGUGUUUGAUUGGUCUCACCUUUUAAAUAUAGUUUACUUCUGUUCAUUAAAAUCGAAAUUGUUUGUCCAGAGCCAUGUUCUUGGAAUGGCAUUCCAGCUCCCAACAUUUACAUAAGUCAAAACAUUGAUCAAACAAUAUGCUGCAGAAUAUUUGCCAUACUUAAUACUCACUUUACCACAAGUUUAAAAUGCAAGUCUCAUGAGAAGAAAAGCGAACAUUUGAUAGAAAAAUAUAUUCGUGCACUGGCUUAUGUGAAAAUUUGCACAAUAAUAACUAUGCAAUUAGCCAUUUCAAUGAAUUACUUCCAAGUAGUGAAAAUUAAGUUAUUCUUAAAUAACUCAAUGGAAUAAAUGCACCCUUGUCUGAUCUGUAAACUGAAUUCAGUUUUACCUGAAUAGCUUUUCCCACUUUGAAAAUAUUACAAAAUGACGGCAGCUAUGAACUUUAUACGAUAACUGUGAUUUAGAUUUGAUUUUAUUUCUAUAAAUUAUGAAUUGAUAAAUUCAGAGAAUUCAGAACCGUACUCUAAACCUAUUGGAUUCGCAUAGCUCCCCUUCCUUUGCCCUUUGCCCACACUCGCUCAUCGAACAAGACAUAAUACAAAUGUUAAUAUUUAUAGCCAAUUAUUAGUUAAAAGAGUAAAACCACCACAAAAGAACAAAGCAAAACGCGAGAGUCGUCGAACGAAAGGAGCAGAAGGAGACAAAAACAAAUGAUAGCAAAACUCAGAACCUGUAUUUAUUUACAGAAAAGCUUAACAAUUAUAUAUUUUAAACAUUUUAUGUUUUAUGACGGAAGAAAAUGCAUUUUGCUGCGAUUUAUUUUGUACAACAUAUACGAAAGCAAAAGAGAGAUAGCAAACAUAGAGAAAGAAAGCUGGAAAGAAGGCAACAGAGAGCGAGAGAGUGUAAGAGCGAGCGAGAGAGAGAUAGAUAGUAAGGUUCAUAUAUAUUUAUGUUGACAUAUUUUUGAAAAAUUGGAAAAUUUGCAAAUUGCUUUUAGCACAGUCAUCAGCAAUAAAUCAAUCAAACAAUCACUCGGAUCACGAUCAAUGAAUGAUUCCCUCCCACACACACGCACACACACAUAUGCAUACAACACACACGCAUAGUAUUUUAUAUACACACACACAUACACAGUAUGUACUAUAUACAUACAUACAUACGCGCACACAUACAUAUUUAUGUAUGUAACUAAAUUAAUGAAUUUUUGUGUUUUUUUUUCGAUUAUGUACGAGUAUGUAUGUAUAUUUAUUAGCGAAAAGCUCAUAAAAACUAUGGUUAAAACUAUUAUAAUGCCUGUGUUUUUGUUUUGUUUUUGUAUUAAAUGCAAAAGUGAAAACGUAUGCGGACAUCUAUGUAUCUGUAUGUAUGAAAGUAUAUUUAUGUAUGUUUAGAAUCGUUUAGAUGUAAGAAAACGAUCCACUGGAAGCAGCAUCAACAAAUAGAACUGACGUGCCUAUGUAGCGAUUAAAUCAGACACAUACCCAAACCCCCACAAAACACACACACACACACACACACACACACACACACUCGCACACCAACACACCCACACACACGCCACACCGAGAACAACUGAUGUAAUGCAUUAAAUAAUCAUUCCAAAAUGUCAUAUGAAAUGAAGCAAACAACAACAAAAAAACAAACAAUAUAUUU